AUGGAAGAUGAAAUUUUGACGCGUCUUUUACAAUUCUGUGGAAAACAAUCGUUUUCAACUGCUACAAAAACAACCAAGACAACUGUUGAUGAUAAUCAUAAACCUGUUAGACGAUCUAUUAGGAGCUCUACAAAGUUUGAUAGUAAUACCAUUAAUAAUGAAGUCAAAAGAGGAUUUUCAGCAAUCUCAGACGAAGAAUUCUCGGAAAAAAUAGAAGAGGAACGUGUAAAGAAAGAGGCAAAGCUGGCUCCUAAACGUGUUCUGAUUCUAAAAAAACUUUGUUCAGAAUCGGCAUUACGUGCUUUCUCUAUCUUCACACCAAAGAUUAGUGUUCAGUGGCGAGAAUAUGAAACGAUGUUGAUUGGAAUGUACGGUGGAAAGAUUGAGGGACGUUCUAAAAUUGCCGGUUUUGAUUUAGAUUGGACAUUAAUUAAAGUCAAAGGUAAAAAUAAACUUCCAAAAGACGAAAAUGAUUGGAUGUUUUUAUAUCAAGAUGUACCGAAGCGUUUAAAGCAACUAUAUGAAGAAGGUUAUAAGAUUGUUAUAUUCAGUAAUCAAGGUAGUUUUGAUGCUGAUAAAAAAGAUAACGAAAAAAAAAGAAACCAAUUCAAGGAUAAAAUUCAACAGAUUGCUAAUAAGAUUCAAAUUCCUUUCCAAAUAUUGGCGGGAACUUCUAAAGACAUAUUCCGUAAGCCUAUGUCUGGGGCAUGGGAUUACUUCGUUAAUAAUCAGAAUGAAGGAAUUCCUGUUGAUUUAGAGAAUAGUUUUUAUGUCGGUGAUGCAGCUGGACGAAUAGACGGCUGGAAACCCGGUGCUCUCAAAGAUUGGGCAGAUAGUGAUUUAAAAUUCGCCGACAAUAUCAAAGUAAAAUUUUUCACUCCGGAAGAAUUCUUUGUUAACGAAAAAACUGGCACUUAUUCUUAUGGCGAUUUUGAUCCUAAAACGUGGCCUCAUAAAGACUUUGAUAAAUCAUUAUUAGUAUCAAAUGAUAACCAUUGUGAAGUCAUAGUACUAACUGGAUAUCCCGCUAGUGGAAAAUCAACUUUAGCCAGAUAUUUGGUUUCUCAAGGAUAUGCUUAUGUGAAUCUGGAUCAAAUGAAAACCAAAGCGAAAUGUAUUAAAGCUUGCGAGCAAGCUCUACGAGAGGAAAAACCAGUAGUAAUAGAUAAUACAAAUCCAGAUAUUGAAAGUCGAAAAACUUGGAUCGAUCUUGCUACAAAGUAUAAAGCCCCAGCACGGUGUUUUUGGCUUCAGAGCCCGGAAGCUCUCUCGAAGCACAAUAAUAUGUAUAGAGCUUUUGGAAACUUACAAAAGUUGAAUUCUAAGAGCCGAUUAAUCCCCGAUAUCGCGUACAAUACGUAUAAGGCUCGCUUUAUGGAGCCGCAAUUAGAAGAAGGUUUUGAAGAGAUUAAAAAAAUUGAUUUCGUGUUUGAGGGUAAUGAAGAAGAAAGAGCACGAUGGGAGAAAUG